AUGUCAGAACACGUACUACCGGCUGAAGAGCCGAUACGAUUUGUGGCUCCGAUAAUUCAAGACAAUCCUACAGGAUGGGGCCCCUGCGAAAUGCCGGAGCAAUUUCGAGACAUGCCCUACCAACCAUUCAGCAAAGGCGACCGACUAGGAAAAAUAAGUGAUUGGACCAUGGUACAGGACAAGAAAUACCAAAACAAGUAUGCAUCUCAAUUCGGCGCUGGUUCGCUAUACGCAUACGUACAUGAUGAGGAUGAGAAUUCCUUCCAUCUGGUUGAUACCAAACGGGAUCAGAAACCUCCUUACCAACGAGGACGCGCCCGAGGUCAGCGCGGACGCGGUGCUAGAGGCGCCCGUACUCCUGGCGGGAUGACAACAUUGAGUAAACAACAACGAGACCGCAAGCUCGGCAAGAGAUGGGGCCAAAGGGGUGCUCCAAUGAAGAUCAGGGAUGCAUCAGUCACUGUACGCCCAACCUGGGUCACUAUUGAAGAUAUGGACUUCCCUCGUCUAGCUAAACUUUCACUCCCAGGAAUUAAAGAGGGUGAAGAUAUUGUGUGCUGUGGUACUCUUGAGUACUAUGACAAGGCAUAUGAUCGUGUCAAUGUGAAACAUGAGAAACCACUUCAACGUAUUGACCGAAUCUUCCAUACGGUUACAACCACAGACGACCCAGUGAUUCGUCGUCUCAGUAAGACCACUGGCACCGUGUAUGCCACUGAUGCUAUACUAGCCACCAUCAUGUGCUGUACUCGCUCCAAUUACUCAUGGGACAUUGUUAUCGAGAAGAUUGGUGACAAGUUGUUCUUGGACAAGCGUGACAACACUGAAUUUGAUUUGCUGACCGUCAAUGAGACUUCAGUCGAGCCUCCAGCCGAUGAUGGGAACUCCAUCAAUUCUCCUCGUAACCUGGCACUUGAAGCUACUUUCAUCAACCAUAACUUCAGUCAACAGGUUCUUAAAUCUGGAUCCAACGAACCGAAGUACAAAUUCCAAGAACCGAAUCCUUUUGUCUCCGAGGAAGAGGAUGGUGAGGUCGCUUCUGUUGGUUAUCGCUAUCGUAAAUGGAAUCUUAAUAAUGGAGUGGUUUUGGUAGCUCGUUGUGAGCACGACGCAGUGAUGCAGGGUCCACAGAAUGAGACCCAAUUCCUUAGCAUCAAAGCCCUGAAUGAAUGGGACUCUAAGAUUGCUAACGGAGUUGAGUGGAGGCAGAAGUUGGAUACACAGAGAGGUGCUGUACUAGCCAACGAACUAAGGAAUAACUCGUGUAAGCUCGCUAAAUGGACUGUACAGGCGUUGCUGGCUGGUUCGGACCAGAUCAAGUUCGGCUACGUGUCUCGUUCCCAAGUCCGCGACAACUCCCGCCACGUGAUCCUCGGGACUCAACAGUUCAAGCCGCACGAGUUCGCAGCACAGAUCAAUCUAUCUAUGGACAACGCAUGGGGCAUACUGAGAUGUAUCAUAGAUAUAUGUAUGAAGCAGAAGGAUGGUAAAUAUCUUAUAAUGAAGGAUCCUAACAAGCCAUUGAUCCGUUUGUACGACAUCCCCGACAACACUUUCGAGUCGGAUGCUUCGGAAGAAAGUGGGGAUGAACCAGCUGACACGCCCUUCGCACCGCUAUACUCUUAUGGGAACUCCAAGAGAAUUUAG